AAAUAUUUAGUUUGCAAUGUUAGUUUUGUGUUCUUCAUUUUGCUAUUAUUUCGACCUGCGGUGGGGCUGCAUAUUGUCCGGGUUGACAUUCCUCGGUUACUACUCGUUAAUGGCAUUUCUGCUGUUCAACGAUCUGGAGCACACAAAAGUGGAACUUGUUGAUAGCAUCGAUGGAUAUGUGGAUACUCAGGGCUAUUUGGUGUUGGGCAUAGCAUACAGCAUUAUGACAGUCGUCUGUUUAAUCCUGACCCUGGCUGGUCUGCUGAAAUCCACUUGGUUGUGUCUGGCCUUCCUGCUGACCCAGAUACCAGCGGGCUUGGUCAAUUGUUUCUAUCUUCUUGUGGCCUUUCUCUAUGCCAUUGAGGUGGAAAUGUUCAUCAUGUAUGCAGUGCCGCAGAUUUUGCUGAUCUACGUCGAUCUGGUGGCAUAUUCGUAUAUGGCCGAGCUUAGGAUCUUUGCCAAAGGCCGUAAACAUGCGAAUGCUAAGAGCAAUCCUGAAGACUAUUGAAGUUGCUUGCAAAAAUGUAUCAAAAAUAUCAAAAUUUAAACCACAUACUAAAUGCUUUUUCCGGUGGAAUACACGCAACAACCGCGAUAAGGUCGUGGCAGAAGGAGAGAGAGUAAGAAACAAAACAUGUCAAGAAAUAAAAGCCAAAAUGAUUUAUCAUAAUGGGAGUUUGGAGUCUGAAUCGGUUUCGGAAUCAGAGUCAAAAUAAGAAUCAGAAUCAGAAUCCAAGUCGAUGUCGGAGUCUGUGCUCCCAGCAGCGUUGCCUAAACGGGCGAUAACGAUGUCCAAGCAGACGACCAACGGAGACCCCAAAGAUGAUGAUGAUGACGACGACGUAGAGACGAUAUCGAGACUGAGAACGGUGCUGUGCGGCCUUUCCUCUGCGAUGGUUGGUUGGUCCUCGCAGCGUUCCGAAAUGUCAACUCUUCAUAUAAAAAUUAACGAAAUAUAAAUUAAAAAAUAUGCUGGGCACUGGGACUGGGCGAUGAAAUGAA